AUGCGUCUCUGGCCUCGGGGACCAUCGUCGACGUCAAUAGCUCCGUCGCGGCGCAGUGACCUCCAGAUCCUGGGCUUCUGUCUGCUGCACUGGCUCAGCGGACAUCUGCCCUGGACAGGACUGAGACCAGAGCAAGUCCAGGAGGCCAAGACCAGGUUCCUGCAGGCCCUGCCGGAGUCUGUGAAGCAGCUGACCUCAGAUCAGCCAGGGACAGAUGAAUUGUGCUCCUUCCUCCGACAUGUGCGCUCGCUGCAGUAUCAGGACAAACCAGACUACGACCUCCUCCGACGGAUCCUGCACCGCCCCGGGUCUGGACUGGACUUAGACCUGAGACCCAAACCCGAGUCCAGACCCCAGGAACCAGUGCGAAGACCCAAGAAAACAGGCAGAGGCCGAGGUGCGCCUGGAGCUGAGGCCGUGGAGGUGGAGGAAGAGGAGAAGAGGAUGAAGCCAAAACAGAUUGAUCCCAAAUAUCUGCGAGGACCUCCCAUCUCCAGCUCACAAUCUGCAGCUGAGGCCAUGGAGCUGGAUGAAGAAGAGGAUGAAGAAGAGGAUGAAGAAGAAGAGGAGGAGACAACACGGAUCGAUCCAAAGUAUUUAAGAGGACCUCCCCUCUGCAGAGCACAGGUACAGACUGAAGCGCGCUCGCUCCCUGUGCCAACACACACACACUUCCACACAGACGACGAAGACGAGGAGGAAGAAAGCAAUUUUAAGAGCUGUCGAUUUAACCCGCCCUCGCGCACUGACACUCACCCCGGACCCGUCUGUGAAGCACUUCUGGAUCAUUACUGA